UUUAAAGUUCAUCCGUACUUGAUUAACCUUAACAAGAAACACAUUCAAAACUUAUAAACCUUUGGAAUUAAAUAAUCAUUGAAUGCACUAACACAACUUAAGUCUGUCCUUUAAUUUUCCUUGUGAUGAACGUUUCCUUGUGUUUAACUCCAACCUUGUAUGUAGCAAUAAACACAAAAACAUAAUAAGGACAAAACCAAAUAUAUGUGUUAGUUGUGUCCUAUAAAGAACACACACUCCUCACAUAUUGCAUAAAGUCAAGAACAUUAUUAGAGGAAGAACACAUCAUAGUGCAAGAAAUGGCAAUGGCAAUGGAGAAUGAUGAAGUGAGAUUGAGAAAAAGAAGAAGAAGAGUGUGUGAAGAAGAAGGUGAGCUCCAAGAAGCAAGGUAUAUCAAGAAGAAGAAGCAGCCGCGGCCGCAGCAGCACGAAAAUUCUAAUGUGAUCACUACUAAGAGAAGUUCAAAAUUUCGUGGGGUUAGCAGACAUAGAUGGACGGGUAGGUUUGAGGCUCAUUUAUGGGACAAGCUUUCUUGGAAUGUAACUCAAAAAAAGAAAGGGAAGCAAGCAGUUUAUCUUGGUGCAUAUGAUGAAGAAGAAUCUGCUGCCAGAGCAUAUGAUUUAGCAGCACUUAAGUAUUGGGGAACAUCAACUUUUACUAAUUUUCCGUUAUCAGAUUAUGAGAAAGAGCUAGAAAUAAUGCAGACUAUGACCAAAGAAGAGUACUUGGCAACUUUAAGGAGGAAGAGUAGUGGCUUCUCAAGAGGUGUAUCAAAGUAUAGGGGUGUUGCAAGGCAUCAUCAGAAUGGAAGAUGGGAAGCAAGGAUAGGAAGAGUUUUUGGAAACAAAUAUCUUUACCUUGGAACCUACAGCACACAAGAGGAAGCAGCACGAGCAUAUGACAUAGCAGCAAUUGAGUACAGAGGAAUUAAUGCUGUCACCAACUUUGAUUUAAGUAAUUACAUUACAUGGUUGAAGCCUUCACACCAAAACUCCCAAGACCCAAAACCUGAAACAGAAGUAGUACUAAACUCUCAAACACUCACUUCUCCAUCCAACUAUGCUCCAAAUCCAAUACAACAUUCAAAACCAUUGCCCUUUGACAAUACCUCUUUCAUCAGUCUUGAUCACCUGAAUUACCCUGAAAAUCAAGAAGUCUUUGAUAACAAAAUGUAUCGAUUUUCGAGCAGCAAGUCGUCUUCUCCCACGGCUCUUGGCCUUCUCUUUCGCUCUUCGCUGUUUAGGGAAUUGGUUGAAAAGAACUCAAACAAUGCAUGUGGGGAUGAACCUGAUGAGUAUGUCAGAAAGGAUCAACAACAAAACAUAGCCAGUGAUGAUGAACUGGGUGGGAUCUUCUGUGAUGGCAGUGACAGCAUUUCAUUUUUCUAUGAUCCAAACACAAACGGCUUAGAACUUCAAGAAAGCGACCUCUACUCAAUUCUUUGAACAGAGAUGUGUAGUUAUAUUGACAAUAAUGUAAAAUAUGAUGGGGUAUAUCAAUUUUGUUCUAUGCAUGUUUCUAUAUCUCAAUAUCUUUAAAUUUUACAACAGAUGUUAAUGAUUACUGCUAAAAGAAAUUAAAAAGCAGUAUUGACAAGAAUAUAUGAAUAUGC